GAUCAGAAAUAAUGUCUCGACAUAGAGUGGUUAGAAGCCUGAAUGCUGCAGAUAUACUUGCAGAAACAGAGAAUUAUGACUAUGAUUAUGACGAUUAUGAUGAUGAAAAUUAUGAAAUGACUCCGGAAGAUAAAGCACAAAUGGACAAAGGGAAAAUGUUUGUUAGAAAUGUUAUCGGACAAGUAGAAGGGAUAUCUGAUAAAGAUAUCGAAAAUGCUUUAUGGAAUUAUUAUUAUAAUACAGAGGAUACAAUAGCGUACUUAUUAGACGAGGUUCAUAAAUCCAAAGCAAAUAAAAAAUCACAAAAGAAAUUGGGUUCUAAUAAAACUAUUCCCGUAAAGAAAGGUGAUUCGAGUCUUUAUCUCUUAUUUUACUUUAUUUUUUUUUAGAAGUGGAUGGCGGUUAUUUUAUUCUAUUAUUAAGAAUGACUAAUAUUAAUGAAAUUACAAGCAAAUAAUUUUCUUGGUCAUUCACAUUAACCGAGAAUCUUCUCUCGGCUUUGAUCUUCUCAAACUCAACAGAUCUAUUGUCUAAUGUGGAUCAUGGGAAACGAUAUCCGAGCCCUGUGGUCUUUGGUGCAAAUCAGCGAAAUCCUGAAAGUCACCAUUUAUUAGAAAACAAAACUAGAACUAUUUUUGCAAAUUGUGUUUCCCCCAAUGACAUUUGGAUGGGACAUGACGUAAAAUGGUGUAGUCUUACUCCUAAUAAAUUAAUGUUUGCAGAAAAUUCAAUUCAUGAAAUGCAACAAAAUUUGCAUUAUGGCGGGUUACUAGGUGGUGCAGAUUCUGAAAAG